AUGGCGAAUAUGAUAAUUAAGAAACAUAUAAGAUCAAUAAGUUUACCUUCGAGAUCACAUCCAAGCACGAGUGGGAUCGAUGAAGCUCUUAACAAGGUUAAAACGAUAAACACCACGAAGAGUUCGUCCGAGUCGAUCUUGACGGGAUUGGCUGGUCUGGAGGAGCUUUACGAUUGCACGGAUGAAUUUCUAAAAAUGUGUUCGACGCAGCGUGUAUUGUCUUCUGUUGGAUCAGAUUUCAUGGAGGAGAUGCUCGAUGGGUCUUUGAGACUAAUGGACAUAUGCAGCGUCUCAAGGGACCUCAUGGUGGAGACUCGGGAGCAUGCUCGUUAUCUUCAAUCAUGUGUUAGAAGGAAGAAAGUAGCCGGAGGAGGAAGAGGAGGAGGAGACCAACUCGAUGUUGCUGUCUCGGGAUAUGUCAAAUUUAGAAAGAACACGAGGAAAGAAACUAAGAAGCUUCUUGUGUCCUUGAAGUCCAUCGAUGGAGGGUCAAGUUCAUAUGAUCAUGACGAUGAACAUCUUGUGGCGGUUAUAGAUGUGAUGAGACGAGUGGUUUCUGUUAGUGUCGUACUGUUGAAUUCUUUGUUGGAGUUCUUGUCCGGACGACAAAGUAACAUAAAGAGCAAGUUGGCUUCGGUACUAAAGAAGAAGAAGUGUAAUCUUGAGGAUGCCACGAACGAGUUGGAGACAUUGGAUUCCACGAUUAGGGGAGAUUCAUGCUCUCGUGAUGAUCUACAAGGGAAGCUUGAGGAGGUUGAGAUGAGCAUUGGGGGGUUCGAGAAAAAUUUAGAAGGGUUGUUUCGAAGGUUGAUAAGAACACGAACCUCGCUUCUCAACAUAAUCUCUCAUUAG